AUGUCAAAUUUAGUAAGGAAAACAGAGGAAAAAGAAAAUAUUGAAGGCAACUACCCAAAUGUCAGGAAAAAUAUGAGAACUCGGGUGGCUGAGAGGGAUUGUGACUAUGGAGAUGGUAGUCAGUGUGGAAAAGCCCAGCAAUGGAUGGCAGAGCACAGUGUUCAUAGAGACAUGCCUCCUGAAGUAACAAUAUGUGCAAACAGUAUGCUUGCGAGAGACAUCAUUGUCCGUUCACCCUCACGUGUGCACCUCACAUGUGAAAGCACAGAGAACCUCUGUGGGCCUCAGGAAAAUGUGGAGAAAGCAUUUCUACACGAGAAAUGUUGGAAGGAUUCCACUUCCUCUGAGUCCUUUCAGACAAAUCAAAGCCCUUUCAGAGAGACACUCUAUCAAAAUAAGCGACCUCAUGGAUUCUGUAGGAGUAACGCUGAUGAGUAUUGUGAGAGAAUUCACGCUGGAGAUAAACUCCAUGCAUGGAAGCAAGUGGAGAAAGCCUUCCUGAGGUACCGUUAUGGUCAAAUAUAUGAAAGAAUCACCAGUGGAGAGAAGCCAUUUAUGUGUAAACAGUAUGACAAAGCCUUGGUCCAUUCCAGUCAGCAUAUUCAACAUGAAAUAAUUCACCCCGAAGAGAAAUGUUAUCCGUGCAGGCAGUGCGGGAAAACAUUCAGAUAUACCUCCUCCCUCCAGAACCAUGAGAGAAUCCAUAGUGGGGAGAGGCCGUAUGUGUGUAAGCAGUGCGGGAAAGCUUUCAUCCGUUCCUAUGACCUUCUCAUCCAUGCAAGGAUUCACAGUGGAGAAAAACCCUACACAUGUGAGCAUUGUGGAAAAUCGUUCACCCAUUAUAGCGGCUGGUACAGUCAUGAAAGGAUUCACACUAGAGAGAAACCCUAUGUUUGCACACAGUGUGGGAAAGCAUUUUCGUGCUCCACGUCAUUUCGGAGGCACGAAAGAAUUCACACGGGAGAGAAACCUUAUAUAUGUAAGCAUUGUGGGAAAGCCUUCACCCAUUCCAGUGCGCGUUACAUUCACGAGAGGAUUCACACGGGAGAGAAACCCUAUGUCUGUAAGCACUGUGGAAAAGCGUUUCUCCGUGCCAGUCAUCUUAAUAACCAUGAGAGGAUUCACACUGGAGAGAAACCCUAUGUCUGUAAGCAUUGUGGAAAAGCCUUCAUCCAACGUGAUGCUUGUUACAAUCAUGAAAGAAUUCACACUGGAGAGAAACCAUAUGUGUGUAAGGAAUGUGGAAAAGCGUUUAGGAUUUCCACAUCCCUUCGUGACCAUGAAAGAAUUCACACUGGAGAAAAACCUUAUGUCUGUAAUUAUUGUGGGAAAGCAUUUAGGGUUUCCACAUGCCUUCACAAACAUGAAAGAGCUCACAUUGAAAAGAAACCCAGUGGGUAGAACUUAAAACCGUAUACAUUAUGUGGAAUUGCCCUUGUCAGCUUGAUGUUUUGUAAAAAUCGUGUGCAGGGCC